AUGUCUUCCUCAUCGUCUAGUGGCGUAGAUGAAAUGUUAAACGAAGCUUUUGACGAAAUGUUCGACCAGGAAAUUGAUUCCACCUUCGACACAAUAGUUGAUGUUCAAGCCAACAAGCCGAGGAGACGAACUUAUAUCGAAAGAGAUCGGGAACAAGGUCACAAUAUACUUUGGAACGACUAUUUCGGGGGAAAUCCUACAUACCCACCGCAAAUGUUUAGGCGGCGUUUUCGAAUGAAUAAGCUGUUGUUCCUUCGCAUUGUCGAUCGCCUAAGUAAUGAUGUUCCAUACUUUAAGCAACGAAGAAAUGCUCACGGAAGGUACGGGCUAUCUGCACUUCAAAAGUGUACAACAGCUAUACGUAUGCUGGCAUAUGGUCAAUCGGGAGAUACGUAUGACGAGUAUCUCCGACUUGGAUUGUUUGGCACAAAGAAGAGACUCAUUUCCGACGAUGGUUCCGAUAAAGAGAAGGAACAAAACAAGAACGCGAUUGCUGUAGCAACCGCAGCAGCUACAGCCGCAGAAGCAGGGGUUUCUGUGGAUAAAGCAGCUGCGGAAAUGGCUAGACUGACCGGUGAAGGAAGAGCGGGAGAUAUCAUCACGUGGGAGGAACGUUGGGCCGCUGUGAAAAUCCAAAAGGUCUGGGGCUCUUUGGCGAGGAAAGCAUUACGAGCUUUGAAAGGUAUAGUGAAGCUGCAAGCUCUAGUGAGAGGAUACUUGGUAAGGAAACGCGCCGCUGCGAUGCUGCAUAGCAUACAAGCUUUGAUUAGAGUCCAAACCGCUGUGCGUUCUAAACGCAGCAAUAGCUGCCACAAGAAAGAGUACAGCAACAUGUUUCAACCACGACACUCCUUUGAUAAGUUCGAUGAAGUGGCGCGUGAAGAGAGACAUCAAAAGAUUGUGCAGGUCCAUGACAUGUUUAAGAGGAGACGUAAACCUAGGCAAAUGCACAAUCUUGUCCCAAUGUCUGAAUAUGAAGACGGUUUUGUUUACCGAGGGAGUGAUUUGGAGCUGAACUUACCAAAGGAGAAGUGGAAGUUUGGGACUGCGCAAAGCACGCCAAGAUUAUCAUCUUCAUCGAAGUUUGCGACGACACCGAGACUAACCUCUUCAUCUCACCAUCACGCGGCUAAUAAUAAUCGCUACUAUGGCUCUGUUCGUUUCGUGGUCGCCAGCGUCAGCGACCAGAGUCAGCGACCAGCGACUGCGACAUAA